GCGUGCACACUGCUGAUUUUGCUGACAUGCUCUGCCUUCUCAUCCCCUACCUGAUGUUUCUGCAUGAGAAAGAGCUGCCUGUGCUUGAGAUCUCAGCAGUCUGGCGUUGUGGAUGGUUUGUCUACCUCUAAUCCAAGCCAAAAGAGAUUCUGUUGGCUCAGAGCCUGUGAAUGAGAGCCUAAAGCAAGCCGAGUAAAGGUGCAGACAGAGUUGAUUAAAAUGGGGGCUGUGAUCCCGAUGCUCCUUUCUGGAAUAUGGCAGCUAUUUCAGUGGCCAUGCCGGAUGUGAAAACCCCACAAUGUGAAUACUCCCCAGCAGGCUCUCCUGCAAGCUGCAGCAUGGACUUGUCUAUGGACCUGUCCGUCCUCAGCUCCCCGCUGUCUGCUUUCUCUCACCACGGCGUGUCCCCCUUCCCUGCCCAGGAUGUAGCACCGGGCCACUACAACAACAACAAUGGCCUGCUCAGCAACCUGGGGGCCUACUGCUCCACCAGCAGUAUGCAUCCUCUUAAACAGCCUGACGGCCAGUCUGGCUAUGGUACGAUGCGCUUUCCACAGGGCUGCAUGAACACCGGUGGCACCCGGCUUUACCGCAGCCUGGAAAACCUGCACUGGGCCGCUGUGUCCGAUCCCAAUGCGUAUCCUUACAGGAGCGUGGACAGUGAGUUUAUUCUUCACUGCACUUCAAGCAGCCACUGGUACGAUGGACCUCCUCAGGGACCUCAAGUUUACGGCUUAAUGCCUUCCCAUGACAGCAUGGCAGUCUACGGCCGCCGAGGAUUGGUGAGGAAGGAUAUACCACUCUUUCCACAAUGGCUUUUACCAGCGGUUGAGGACUGGGGUAUAAACGGAAAUGCUCGAAAGGGUCUUCGAGACAAGCUGCGGCUCCAGAGCACACGUGUGACGGAGCCCCACAAGCCCUUGCGUCCUCAACCUGUGCUUGGUAAUGCACCUUCUCCGCUUUAUCCGUGCGAUCAGGAGGUAACGGUUCGGACUGGGCUGACAUCAUUGCAAAGGAAUGGACAGCAAGAGUUGAGCGCCCGUCGCAUCACCAGUCCUGAGGAGAUCAAACAGGAAGCGCUGCGACGACUGCAGCUCCGAAGACAACGAAGCACCCCUAACCUGGCACUGAACUCCAGACAUGAGUCUAGUACCAUAAGUAAAUCUCAUACCGCAGAGCCCAUCUGCACUAACUCUGCCCAGUCAACCCCUGAGAGGAAAAGACCCCCCAUGGGCCGCCUGCACAUACCUACGUUUGAGGAGUUUAAGAGAAUGAGACAAAGGGAGGGCAUUACGAACCACAGGUUCUCUGAAAUGGAGAGUAACGACAAGCAUAGAGAGGAAAGAAUACAGACAGAGGAAACGCAGAGUGCGGAAAGGACUGACAUUGACGUCAAAACCACUCAGGAUUCGAACCACAGCGGAGCGGAGGUGUCUGAGCCCAGUUCCACUGCAGAGGUCCCAGGAGGACCAAUCUGCUCAAGCCCAGUGGCUCGCUCUCCAUUACAUCCUCAAGCUGCUACAGGAAGAGACGAGGAGACAAAGGGCCCAGCAGGCCCUGGGGCCACAGAUGUAGCUGUUCUCCCCUUCCCACCCCACAGGGAGAGUGGCAAUGGCCCAUCCAGCUGCUGCCCCGCAAUCCUUCUGGACGGAACAGACCUUUCCAGCUAUGGAGCCAAAAUCUAUAAAAUGAGGGAUGGUUUCCUGGGAUCUGCCCUGGACCUUAUUAAAAAAAGCUGCAGUGCAGAGAUUGCAGCCGAGUCUCCCGUCCGAUUGUCGCGUGAGCACAAUGACGUCACUAACAUCACCGCUCCCCAGCCCAGCCAUCCAUCUGCCUGCGGAGAGGAGGCUUGCACCGAGCCCGCAGGACAGCGGGGGAAAGCGGCGACAGAAUGCGUUUCUGGAGCGGGCUGUAGACGCUCCAGCUCAGAUGCGGCCUAUGAGCUGGCUGAGUCAGUGAGGGCCCAGCGUGAGUGCCGCCUACGGCCCCACUACAGUGACCCCAUGCCUGCAGACGCCACCAAGCGUAAGCAGCUGGAGAUGAAGAUCGCCGCCGCCGCACGUUUGCACAUUCACCGCAGAGACAGGGACAGUGUGCCAGGCACAGCCAGGGGCCGCUCGGAGCCCAGAGGUGAGGAAAGAAAUGUUGGCUAUGAGGACCUGCAGACUGUGUGCAUUGGAGAAAUCUUCUUGGAGUUUGUCAACAUGCUUCCAGCGUUUCAGACCUACUGCCUGCUGCAGUCCACAUCUGUGAACAUGCUCAACACACUGGAGAAAGAAAAAGAGCUUCUUAGGAUAUUCCUCGAUGUGUCCCAGAAUGACAACACGGCACUCAGGCGCAUGAACCUGCGCUCCUUCCUCAUGGCCCCCCUGCAGCGUGUGACCAAGUACCCAUUACUGCUAAGUCGCAUCAGCAAGGCCACCAACGAGUGUCACCCGGACUACUCCCGCUUAAAAGAAGCCAAGAGCCGCGUGGAGUCCCAUCUAGAGCACAUCAACAUGAAGACCAAACAGGAAGGGACCGCCACAUGGUCCUUGCGCUCUUUCCGGCGCGACAGCCGCAAGAACCGAGAAGUCAUCAACAUUGAGAUGAGAGAGCUGUCGAUGAAGACGGUGGGCUGGACACGAGAGAGCACACGGUUUAUCAUGGAGGGGCCGCUCCAGUUGGCACAGCCCGCCGAUGGCCAAUGGCAUAAGAAGGGAAGCAAAUCCCUCAAAUUCCAGAACGUUCAGAGUUUACUUAUGGUACGCACUCUGCGCAACACAGAAACGGUGACUGAAGGGAGUCUGGAGACCUCGGAGACGGUGCAGGACAGUGUACUGGUGCUCAUCAAGGACAAGAGCAGCGGGAAGUUCACUGUGUUACGGGAGCCAAUCCAUUUGGCAAACUGCGUGGUGUCCACCGACCCCGACUGUGAAGACACCUUUGAGGUGCUGGACAUUCGACGUGAGGCCUUCGUUUUCCGUGCCUCCGACAAACCUCGCACUCAGCAGUGGUUUCGCCAGAUCAAGAGAUACGCUUGUGAUUUGGGAUCCUGGAGAAAGAGACGCAAUGCUCUCCCUAAUAUCAUGAUUAACACAACCCAGAGCCGGUCCUGAGACUGAGUCCUUAGCGACACAUCCCUCAUCCCUUCCCAGCAUAACUCUGAUGUAAAUAAUAAUAAUUAAAAAAAUCAAUAUUUUGUUGAGCAAACAGUAUUUGUGUGGGAGAACCAUCCACCAAUUGACUUUUAAAUUGGUAGGUAUUAAUAUAGACUGCAAGAGGGCACUUUGUAUGAGUGGAAAGCAAGUUAAUGACGUUUGGGAAGAGGAAAAAUCCACUGUCAAGCAAAAAGUAAAUGCCCUUUGGCAUACCAAAAUGAGGUCCUUGUUUGGCGCCUCACUGCUGCACUUGUUUAAAACACUGAUUGUACAACCAGUUUGCCACUGAGAAAUGUUCUCAGUUGUGAAAUGGUUUUUGUGAUAAGCAUGAGGGAACAUGUUUGUGAUUGGAUGGACUUUAUAUGGACUUUUUAGUAUGCACAACGGAGUGGAAACCUGUGUUUUGUGUGAAGACUGAGGUAAAGCUGUUUUGUUUUCGGAUCAUUGUAAUUCCCUCUUCCUUUCUCUCUCUCUUCCGUUAGCAUCUAUUCCCACUGCCAUUCGGGAGCAGUUCUCAUUUUUGUAUCACUGUACUGGUUUUCAAAACAGCAAUAAUCUUCAUUGUAUUAUGUAGCAGUCAAGCUGUUUUUAUUCACAGGUACCCAUAUUCUUGUGAUCAGUGAUGUAACAAACAUUUUUUGGUAUACGUUUUCUGCACAAUCUAAUGAGGGUGUAGCAUCAGUCUAAGCAUCAAGUAUUGUCAUUGCCACAUUAAUGGUUGUGCUGAAAACAUCUGUGGCCAUGAACCAGAUCUUCAAUUAGAAAAUGUUGAUUAGAUGCCCCGCCCCCAACCCCCAAUUUUGCUUUCCUUUGAUCUCUGAGGGGGAGAAAAUAUGUGCCUUUGUUUAUUUGAUACUGAAUGAUACCUUAGUACUAUUUUGUUCAAGUUUUUCCUCCACUUUUACCCACAAAUUAGGCCUUAUGUCAAAUUGAGAAAAAGAUCUACAAUUUUUCUGUAGCUGCUAUUAUAUUCUGAUUUCCCCACUGAUAUACAGACUGUGCUUUAUGAUAACUUGUUAAAUUUUAACUGUUUUUGUUUGAUGCACUUUAAUAUGAAGGUCCUAAACUGGAGCAAGGACAUUGUUCUGCAGUUUACAAAGCUUUACUGUACUUUGUUUUAAAGAUUGCUUUAACUUUAAGAGAAAAUGAACAGUUGACAUCAGCAAUAGCAAUCAAUCACAGUCUUUCUGGUCUCUCUAUAUGUUUAAAGUCAAUACUGAUGGAUAGAAAUUGAUUUCGGCAUUUAGGUUUCAACAUUAAUAUUUACUGUUUUUUUUUCCAAUGGCAUUGAUACUGUUAAAAAUAUCAUACCGUAGCUUCCACAUUACACAACAAAAAGAUGAGUUGAACCUGCCAGGACUGAAAAAUUGUACUUUUAACUGAGACCAAUCAAGCUGUUAAAUACUUUUUUCCAUUCUUAAUAAUC